AUGAUGAAAUUAAUGGCUUGGAGAGGCGAACGAUUAGUAGCGUUGGCAAAGGCUCAAGCUCUGGAAAGUUCAGAAGAAGAAUUUGAUGACAAUUCAGAUGACUUUAUAAAGAAUGAUGAUUAUUUACCAAGUUCGGGGGAAAGUAGAGCUGAGGAAAAGGAGGAGGAGGUUUGCAAAGAAGAGGAAAAGUCGGAAAAUGACUCACAAAACAAACAAAAUCAGAUAGAACUAGAUAAUUUUAGAUCAAAAUUCACAGAUAUUAAUAAUAAGCUAUCGGUAAUUGACCAUUUAUCCUCUGCUCAAUUUACCGACCAAGUAGCACAUGAGGCCGUAGACAGAAUGACUCGAGCAAAAAACGUUUUCAUACGAGAAAUUCCCGAAGUAGCUGGGGAUGUAACUGUAAAGAAAGAUCUCGAUAAAAGCAAGAUAGCAGAAGUACCUACUUCUACAGCAAGCGAGAAAAAGAAGAACGAUUCUCAAAAUAAGCAUUCCAUCAUAUUGGUUUCGGAGCCAGAAUUCAAGUCUCAGCUUGAUAUUGAUAAAUACAAAGUGAUGUUAGACAGGAUUUCUGAGAUCAACCUGGUAGCAGUUGGUGCAAGAUAUCAUCAAGCCUGUCGACUGGCAUUUUCUAAAUUACCUGAAAAACUUGCUAAAGAGCCCAAACAGAAGGGACCAGAAAAUUUUUGCAGUACAAAUAGUGGUAACCUAUUGAAUGUUGAAAUGUUGCCUAAUCGAAAUCACGAAGAACAAAAACGAAAUAGAGCAAUUCUGGCUUCCAUAAUUGAUUCCAUUGUUUUUUUUUGUGGGCAGCAAGAGAUGGCAUUAAGCGGACAUAGGGACUCUGAAAAAUUAACUUUAGAAGAUACGACUGCAAACGACGGUAACUUGAGAGCUUUAUUGAGAUAUCGAAUCCGGGACAGUGAUUCUCUUCUUCUAGAUCAUAUUAACACUGCAGGAGCUAACGCAACUUAUUUGAGCCCUGACAUUCAAAAUCAAAUGAUAAAUAUUAUUGGAUCAUACAUUUAA